UACAACACCGACUAUCCUGGCAGCGACAUUGCCAACUUCAAGGCGACGGGCGACUACAACAGUAUGCUCGGUCAGUGCUGCGACGCGUGCAAGAAGCUCCUGGACUGCAGCGCGUACGUCUUGUUUGAAGACGUCUGCUACAUCAAGUCUGCGUCCACCGAGCCGGUGGCCAAGAACGGCGCGACGGCGACCAUUGUCACGACGACGACGAUUCCGGCAUGA